AUGGCAGCUUUUCAGACCACUGCAUGGAGGUUGAUCUCUGGGGUCUUAGGAGUAAUAUGCCUUUCGUUGAUGGCUGCUUUGGGAGUUCUGUUAAAAAAAUUUAAUAUUUCUAAUCAUUUCUUACAGCACUUACUAAACCAAAGUGUUCAGCCUGGACCUUCCACAGAUCUUCAGGAAGAAUCUGGGUGCUUUUCUUGCCAAGAAAAGUGGAUUGGCUACCAACACAACUGUUAUUUUGUUUCUAAUGAAUUAAAAACAUGGAAAGACAGUAGGGAUUUUUGUGUUUCUCAUAAUUCCAGUCUACUUCAGAUACAAACCAGAAAUGAACUGGAUUUUAUGAAGUUCAAUACCAAUUUUUACUGGAUUGGGCUUUCUUACGAUGAAGAACAUCAUGCCUGGUUGUGGGAGGACAAUUCUACUCUCUCCCAAGAUCUAUUUCCUUUCCCUAAAUCUGUAAAUCCAAAGAACUGCAUGAUGUAUAUCCCAGUAGGAACCAUUUUGGAUGGACACUGUGAACAGAAGUCUCGUUAUAUCUGUAAACAACAGCUUAUUUAG